UCUCUCAGCUGACACCGAACAACAAACUAGAACCCACUGCAGUUAUCAGGCGAACGUUAAGGCUUUUACCGGCUGGCGUUACUGCCAUUACUGCCGUCUCUUCUCCUGCGACAUAAAAACAUAACAUCGAUCGAUUUUCCAGGAUGCUGACAUGUUCUGAUUCACCCCGCAAGCGAUGAAUGAAACGAGCACCGAGGAGACCGGACCGAGAUCGGCGGAGGUUCUGUUGAUUUCGAUCUGCCAAGCCCCGCUUGUUGGGCAGGUCGGAGGAUGGAGCUGAGGCUGAGGGGGGAUGGCAAGCCGUCCGUUUCCUGGUUCCUCCUCGGCCCUGUUGUCAUCCUCUCCCUCUUGGCUGUGCUAGCGAGCUGUCACGGUUCUUGCAGACACCGAGUUCCUUCUCCCAGCGAGGUUGUCCAUCAUGUGUACUUGAAGCCGGAGCGUCUGACUAAGAGAAGCUCACCUAAUGACCUGCAGCUAAAGAUAAAGAUAAUCUAUGACAGCAGUGUUGACCAGCUCCAAGCAGACAAAAGAAGACUAGUAAAGGAUAAGUUGUUUCCUCAAGCCAUCGACUACUUGCAGAGGGCCUUCAGUGUAAGACGCAGGGUGGGUCCUGUACUGCUCAGCAGACAAUGUGCAACCAACCAGUACAUGAGGAAGAGAGAUGACCCUCAUCGCUACUGCCAGGAUGCCUGCGCAGACGUCACCAGGUGUGGCCCCGUCAUCGUUCCACAGCACCACCUGCAGCAAUGUAAAAUAUGCAGUGAGUCUGGGAAGUCAUGUGGGCCUGCAGGACCACCAGAUGGCCCUGGAGUGGAGGGGUCUGACUUUGUGCUCUAUGUCAGCGGUAUCACCACAGAGCGCUGUGGGCAGGAGAAUAUAGUGGCCUAUGCUGCGUACUGCCAGCUGGAGGCAGAGCUGGACAGGCCUGUAGCCGGCUACGCCAACCUGUGUCCUGCCAUGAUCUCCCCUCAGGCUCAGGAGUUUGAAGGGAUGCUCUCCACAGUCAAACAUGAGAUCAUCCAUGCUCUGGGCUUUUCAGCCGGUUUGUUUGCCUUCUACCACGACGACGAGGGCAAACCUCUUACUCCUCGCUUCGCCAGCGGUCUGCCUGCCUUCAACGAGAGCUUGGGUCUGUACCAGUGGAGCGAGGGGGUAAUCAGGAGAGUCAGCAGACUGUGGGACAUCAGAGGUGGAGUGAUGGUCCGACACCAUGUGCACGUCCUCGUCACUCCUCGUGUCGUGGAGGAGGCAAGAAGACAUUUUAACUGUCCCAUCCUGGAGGGGAUGGAGCUGGAGAACCAGGGAGGGACGGGAACUGAACUCAAUCACUGGGAGAAGAGACUGCUGGAGAAUGAAGCGAUGACGGGCUCCCACACCCAGAACCGGGUGUUUUCUCGGCUCACGCUGGCCAUCAUGGAGGACAGCGGCUGGUACCGAGCCAACUACAGCCUGGCUCAGAGGCUGGACUGGGGCCGUGGCCUUGGCUGUGACUUUGUCAUGAAGAGCUGCAAGUUCUGGAUGGACAGACAGAGACAGAGGCGACACCCUGUGACACCGUACUGCGACACAGUGCGAGCCUCCCCUCUACAGCUCACCUGCAGACAGGACCAGCUGGCUGUGGCUGUCUGCAACCUGCAGAAAUACCCCCAGGAUCUGCCGCUGGAGUACCAGUACUUUGACCGGAUCCCGGACGUGGCGGCUGAUCAGCUGUCGUCCUUCGGGGGUGCAGUAGAGAUUGCCGACUACUGUCCCUUCAGCCAGGAGUUCAGCUGGCACCUCAGCGGAGAGUACCAGAGAAACUCCUACUGCAGAGUGUCUGAGAACCAGCCAGACUGGUGGAGGAACUAUGGAGCGGAGCAGUAUGGGCCAGACUCUGUGUGUAUUUACCAGAAGUCAGCCUUUGUGAUGGAGCAGUGCACCCGGAAGAUGACGUACCCGGACUGGGGCUCCGGAUGCUACAAGGUGUCCUGUGCAGCUCAGGGUCUGAUGGUGUACGUUCAGGAUCGCUCCUUCCUGUGCGUCCGGAAAGGUCAGCUGCUGAGUGUCAGCGUCCGAGUCAGCGACUGGGUUUACAACGGCGUCCUGAUCUGCCCCGCCUGCACAGACUUCUGCGACAACUGCCCCCUCCCUCAUCAGCUCCCACCCAUCAACACCUCCAGGAGCAACCCCAUCGAUCCGUGCUCCAGUUCUCCAGGACUGGCCAGCACUCUGUGGCUGCUUCUGCUCAACCUGCUUCCCCUGCUGGCUGGACUGAUGCUUUGCCACUGCAGCUGAUAAAACACACACACACACACACACACACUUGCUCUCCAAGGAAGCUGAGCUCUCGUCUGUACUGUAAUCUUUUGAGGAUUAGGCCAGAUCCUGUUUCUCCUCCCUGUUAUUUGUUUUCUUUCCCUCAGCUUCAAGAAAAAAAGGCUGUUCUUUUUUACUUCUUUUGAAUCAUUUUCUUUUAUUCCUCUCUUCAGUUUUUCUUUCUUCUUUCCAUCCUCAGAACCUUCUUUUUUCCCUCUUUUUUCCUGUUGUUUUUAUCGUUGAUCACAGAUCUAUAUCUACAUCUCUUAGUACUGUCAGAGGUCCUUUUGCUGAAGCUCCAUUCAGGUGUGAUCAGUGUGUUUACAUGCACUUCAGUAACCAAGUUACAGUCAGCUUUACUUUUACUGAGAAUCUGGUCACUGUAAUCAGGUUUGGGGACUACAGACAUCUGAAAUACCAAGGUGCAUUUUUCCUUGAAAAUUUCCCUGCUGUAAAUGCACAGACACAAGUUUCUGAAGGCCACAAGGCCUUCACCUGCAGGGGUACAGUCAUCAACAUGGCGAGCAGCUAUGUGGCAGCUAAUGUCGUAACCCACAGGUGAUCGAACCAUCUGCAGGGACCACCUUAGUUUGGAACAGCAGUGAAGAGAACAAUAAACCAAAUUAUUUUUCCUUUUCCAGGGUGGGGUGCAGAUUACAGACGGAUACCUCUAUCUUUUCAGGCCACAUUUUAAUUAGCUUCAUAUUAAGUACUAAAAUAACCAAAACAAAAGGUUAGAGCAGAUGUGUCAGUCAUGAGGAACUAAACCAGUUGGCUGAUUAAUUGAUCAAGAAAAGAAGUAAAUCAAGUUCCAUGAAAGUCACCAAAUGGAUUUUUCUAGGGAUAAAUGUUGGGGAACUGUCCAUGUUCUUCAGAAACAUGGUAAUGUAGUCUGCAUACUUCUCUAUAAGUGACAUAAUUUCACUGCUGUGAUGUUUUAUCUUGGAAGUCGUUAAUUAGUAUCUGUGUAUCAUGCGUGUAUACUGGUAGUUUUUUAGCAACAGCAAAAGUAGCAUUUUUAAACAGGUUUUUGUUUUUUAAACUUGAGCACUAAAUACUUUCCAGUUGCCAGCAGUUGUGUGUUUACCCUCUGAGAGCUACAAGUUCCAUCCAGUAACUUCUACUACCUCCUGGACUGGCCUGUGAGCUACAAUAAGAUGGCGUGGAAUUACUAUAACCCAAAGUCUAAGUGUAAUUUUCUGAGAUGAUGAAGCUAGUUUAUUACUUCUUUUUUUGCCUGGACUGAGGAAGUCACGCCCACACAGUAAAACUCUGAGUGAGCUGCCAGUAUUUUACAGACAAUAAAAUCAAUAUAUGUUUAUUCUGAAGUUGUUGCUGUCGCCUAAACUGUGCUUCUGUAAAGCAAACUGACCCUGGCCCAAUCUUGCAGCACCCUAAAUGAGAACCAGCAUAAGCACCCAUCACAGCCAAUUAGAGCUGAUAAAUUCCCACCACUACUAGACUAGAGUCAUUUAAAACUUGCCAAUGCGGACUAAACACUGUUCCAUUGCACUCAAAAGCAAGAUGUUGGAAAAGGGCUCAAGUUACCGUAAUGCAUGUAAACCCGCGAUCGGAGCCCUUUAAGAGUGACCGGGCUCCUUUAGUGCAUGAAAAUAAUCACAGCAGCAUGAGGAACAUUUCCUGAAACAUAACUGGUUUGAUUUAACAGAUCAGAUUAUUUCUUUUUAAACUGGACGUCAGGCUGUCUUGUUUUUUUUUUUGUUUGUUUUUUUGUGGCGUAGCAGAUGCCUGAUUACUUCGCUCCAGCAUCCACACAAGUCUCAUUAUUUUAGCUUGGGAUCUUGGGAUUUUUUUUUUAACUUCAUGCUGCGGUGAGCACAAACUGGAUAUUUUUGGACAUAAUCAUAGAUCUAAAAACUGGCAAAGGAUCAUCCCAAACAUUUUGUUUGCUUUCUCUGUACGGUUGCCUGUAACACAAACUGGAAGAAGGAACCAAACAAAAAAGUCACAAAUGUAUGUGCAGCUGCAUUUUUUGUUUCUUUUUUUUCCAAAUGUUUUUUAAACAGAAAAAGAACUGUUGAAUCUUAAGUUUGAGCUGAAAGGACAGUCGUACUCUUCUGAAUGGGACAACAGCAGCUUGGUGCCCUCUGGUGGCAGCUAGAGGUAACUGUUUAAAGUUUUAUACGCUUGAAGAGUCUUUUAUGCAGAAAAUGUUUAAUGUAAAUAGAAAUAAGAAACUUUACUGAGAAGCAGCUGCACUGAAAAUGGAGGAAGCUCCUACUGACUGAUGAACUGAGUUUGAAUUAAUUUCCAGGCUUGUUUGGUGUUUUUUUUUAUAGUAGAUUUCAUGUCACAUUUGUAGCUCUUCAGACUUGGCUACUGUUUGGGUUUAGUGAUGUUUUUUUCCAUGGACAGUUUAUGUAAAAGGCCCUGAUUUUAAGCAGGUUUUAGUUUUCUUUAUCACAUGAUCACUGUGCACGUUAAGGAAGCUGUCAGGUUGUUGAACCAGCCCCGCACAUCCCUGUUAUAUCAGUUUUAAAUAUGCAGUCAUAGAGUAAAAUCUGAUUGCUUGAUGAUUAUCAGUCGCAAAUGAUAUCAAAUGGUAAACUGAGAGUUUGUCUGACUUUUUUUUGUUUUUUUGGAGAUCCAACACUUAAAAAACUGCAGACAGAAGUCACCAAAAGGUGCAGAAACUUUUCCAGAGGGGGAAAAAAAAGUUCCUGGAGUACUUUCCCGAACUGCAAAGUCAGCCUCUGAUUCUAUCAGAACAUCGGCUUCUGCAAGCAAACUAUAAACAUUGUCAAAAACCUUUUCAGGUCUCAGUUUAGGAGGACAAAAGACAGGCAGUGUUUUCUGUUAUGAUGACUGUCUGAAUGAAACAUGACUCACACCCGGAGCUCCAUUCAGAUCUCAUAAAAACAGAAAAGUAACUCCAGACGUCUUGUCCAAAUGGAGCUUUAUACCCUCCCAGGGUCUCUAACUUGAAGUGUGACAGCUCGGUGUUUAACAUCGAGUACAUGAGCAGACAACUGCUGGUGCUGCAGAGAUGUUGGAUCUAAACUGAGUGACAGCACUGAUAGCAAAGCAAUGGUGCUUAUUUAAACAUACAAAGAAAAUGCUUUAGGACUGUUUAAUUUCAAACUUAUUGCAACAUUUAUUAUUUCUGUACUGAAAGAAUCUUUACUCUGUUUGAAGUUUUGGAAAUUUGCUACAGCCAAGUGUGACGAAGACGACUUGAUUUGAACUCAUCAUCAGUUUAGCUGCUAAAUGACUAAAUGACAACAAUCCAGUCCUGUGUUCAAAAAGUGGAGGAAACUACAGCCAAAAUUCAGUAUAUGAUGUUUGAAGCAGAUGUUUCAGUGUGUGGUGGAAAAAAAAAGGUUAUGUUUUCUUGUGAUGUUGACUUUGAGAGCCGACUGUGAGCAGUGACGGUACAUUUCCAGGGAUUUUUAAUGUACAGUAGGAAGAGUUAUCGUUUAUCUGCUGUGUGAUGGUUGUUUCAUCCUAAUCAGUGACUGAAAAAAAUGUUUGUGUAACAAAACAAGUGCAAUGAAGACUUUUUUUUUCAUGCAUACUUUUCUUUUUGAGGCUGCACUGGAGUUGCAUGAGAGGGUUUCAUUCUAAAAUCUCAAGGGAUGCAUCUAGAACUGCUUCUGUUUCAUUUCAUGUGACUUCAUGAGGUCAUAGUUUAGUGUUCCUGGUUAUCUAAAAUUAUUUGGAUUAUUUUCUGAUUAGCCAUCGCAUCACAAUUUUCUUUUGCAAACACAAGAAAAAGAAAACAACUAAAAUUGAAAAUGACUGAAGAUUAAUGUAAAAUGGCAACAAAGAUACUGAAAAAUGAGGCAAAAAGCCUAUGAACUGAUAAACGCAACAAAAAAUAUUCUCAGAUGUAGCUCAAAGGUGCUUAAAAGUUUAAAAAAUGAGUACAAAGAGAUGUAAACUAACUGUAAAGACUAAGAAAAGUACAACAAAGACAAAAAAUGACAGAAGCUCCAAAGUGACAGCAGACACAUGAAAACAGAGAAAGAAAGAAAUUUGAAUACAUUCAGGCAUUGAGACACAAAUUAGCAGCUAUGAAAAGACACAAAAUAACUGAAAACACUACUGACCAACACAAAGAGACAAUACAGUGCAAAAAAUGGCAAUGAGACACAAAACAACAAAUAAAUAUUAGGAGCAAAUAAAAGGUGGAAAAAAGGAGAAAACAACCUCCACAAAGAAGUGAAUUAUGCAAAAUAUUUCCAGAGUCACAGCAUUAAACCAGGCUACAUUAAAACAUAAGGAACGAUUCAAAACAAGCAUGGUCAUGUACACAGAAUGACCACAAAGGGGCACAUGAGCCCCAAAACAAGCAGCAAAUAGAUUGCAAUGAUGCAGAAAUAGUGACAGAUGUGAAACCAUGGGAUAGAGAUGGACCAGAACUGAUGCACAAAUCGUAUGACCAACAUUUAAAGUUCAGUUUCUAAACUGUCCGACAAACAAUGACCUCAAACCAUGUUUCACAUAAAGAAACAACCAGGAUGAAACGGAGAACAUGGUGACUGAAGGACCUCAGAUAAUCUCAUUUCUUUUUGCUUCUGUGGAAUGAAACUUCUAUGCUGUUCUUCAGUGCAGCUGCAGCUUAAUGGAUAGAUUUUUUUUCUUUUUUUUUAAAAAAAGGACAUGUUGAAAUUUUGCAGCUUGAUGUUUUGCACUAAACCAAAAGAACUGGCCUUAAUGUUCCAGGACUUUUCUGUUCGUUUGUGUAGGAAUGAAGAGCGAACAUGCAGUGAGAGAAUGAAGAGGCUUUAUUUUUGGCUUUUUAUUUAUUGGAAAGUUGAUUUCCAUCAGAACUGUCACGUAUUUGUUUCUAUGUUCUGUAAGAUGUCUUUAAUGUUUUGGCAGUGACGCGUCAACGAUAAGCAGGAACCAUUUAAGUUACAGAAGUGUUGAUUCGGUGUGCAGCUUUGUGUUAUGUGCAGAUGAUCUGACCUCAGUCCAGUUUUCUUAUUUUUACAUGAAUUUGAUGGAAACUGACUGAAAUGUUUUGAGUGAAGUUUUUGUUAAUGUGUUGAAUGCAUGCACUGAGAUUUCAGGAUUUUGUUGGAAAUAAAAUCUAUCUGUGAAAUUGUGUUCAUGGAAAUGCGAGAUGUUUACUUGUGUCUCCCGUUGACUGAAUGCUGUGACGAGGCUGUUGGAAAAAAACAGCUGAUUCUACUCAGCUUAUCUUUCUAUUUAUCUCAUUUUUAAGAAAAAGGGCUGCUUUUAAAGCCAAAUCAAGAUUUGUCUCAAAUAAAUGCUGUCUGUAUCCCUAA